AUGCGCCGAAAAAUGCCCCGGUUAUGCAUUUUGUUGCCGAUUUUGGCCGUUUUAACCACCGGAGCCCGAUUAGAUGACAGAUAUGAGCCAACAUCAAUCUACUACACGGAACCAACUACGCUGGUAAACACUAGUAUAAUAAAUAACAACAACGGUCUACACGAGCUGCACGGUGGCAGCGUUGUUCAUGGUGAGAGGAUAUUGCUGUUAUCGAAGAGUCCUUAUUUGUUGCGCGAGGAUCUAUUCAUCGAGAAAGAUGGCAAGCUCGUCGUAGAACCUGGUGUGGAAAUUCGCUUCGGUCCCAUGGUCGGCAUCACUAUCCGUGGCAUCAUAAGUGCUAAGGGUGAGGCACACGCGCCGAUUCUCCUGACCGCUGCGGAAGUGGAAACACAAGCUCCAGCUCUUCAAACUCCACCUUUGAUACGCCUUGUCGACGGACCGAGUCCAUUAGCAGGUAGACUGCAGCUUUUUCAUCGGGGCAGCUGGCGUUCCGUUUGCACAAAUUCGCGAAAUUGGACUCGUGCAGAUUUGGAGACAGCUUGUCGAGAGCUCGGCUAUCAAGGCGGACAAUGGUGGUCGUGGCUCGACAGACAAUGGCCUUCCAAGCCGCGUCUUCUUUACGAGGAACCAGGAUGUCGUGGUACCGAGUUUUCGCUGACGAACUGCGAACGUUGGUCGGAAAGACAAUUGGGCGCCGGUGUUUGCGACUAUCAUCCAGACCUGGGAAUCUCUUGCCUACCUCGUCACGAUGGUACGACUAAGGCGAUUAAACAUUGGCGAGGGAUACGAUUCGAGAAUGCAUUAUAUGACAAAGCACUUAUCCAAGAGAAUACACUUUAUGUGCGUCAAUCGAAAUCUAUUUUACGGAAUACAGUAAUUGAAUAUGCUGGAACUGGCAGAGAAUACAAUAUAACAUCGGCAAUUCAUGUAGAAGGGGUACCACCGAUAAUGGAGUCAAUUUCUAUUCUUCAUUCAGCCUUCACGGGUAUCAAUGUUACUUCCCCAGAUGCACCCGUCGUGAUAAACAAUUGUACCAUGCAAUAUAAUAAAGGUUACGGAAUUUAUGUAAAUAGCUCAUCCGGUAUGACGAAUAUCAAUGAUUGUGAUAUACUUGAAAAUGGAGCGGAUGGAAUAAAAUAUGUGCACUCGGACGAACGACCGGACGACAAGUUAGAUCGUACCGACGUAUUUGAUCUGUGUACCUUCCCUAUGACGGCUAGUCAAACUUUUCCUGUCACUAUAUCCAUGGAACAGAAUAAAUAUGCGCCCAAUGUGAAACGAUGUCCACAACACAUCUUCACGAUACCGGGUCAUGUUCUGACAAUGCAUUUUUUGCAAAUGAAAACUGAUAGAAAUGACAGCGCCAUUGUGGAAGUAUAUGAUGGUAUAAACGGAGUGGAAAAACUCUUGGCUAGAGUUAAAGUCAGAAAUGGAACAUUACCGCAAAGUGUGACUUCGACGCGUCAGAAUCUCUUCAUAAAUUUUAUAGCUGAGCCUCGAACUAAUACUAUCGUGUUUGUGCGAUUAUCAUCGGGUUACAAAAAAACAUAUGAUCUUAAUGUUACUGGCAGUUCGAUAGCGGAUAAUAACGGUCGCGGUAUUGCCGUAGAGAAGAUUAGAUCCGCCUUACACAUUCAUGAGACUUCAAUAUCAAAUAAUAAGCAUGUGGCCGGUGUGCAUGUAUUAGGUGGUGCAAUGGAUGUCAACAUCACCGACAGUCGUAUUGCUUUCAAUCAAGGAGAUGGCGUUAAUAUCACUGUUACAGGCGGCAAUCGUAAUGUAUCACAUAGCAGUAUAUCGUCCAAUCGCGGUUUCGGUUUCGCGAUAUGGUUAAAUGACAGCUCCUCUACCGAAUAUGUGUACUUCAAUCAGUCGACCGUAGUCGAAUAUUCGCAGAUAUUCAGUAAUAAGGAUAUUGGUGUUCUGAUCGGCAAUUCCACCGGAAACUCGUAUGUAAAUGUAACAGGCAAUUGGUUCAAUACCAGUCUCGAGACGGCACUACAAGUGGAAUCUAGUUGGAGGAAAGACAAUGGUUUAAUGAGGCUGCAGAUCGGAUACAACUCGUUCAUAAAAAAUGCAAAAUUGGGCAUUAAGCUAAGUCCAGCGCUUAAUCUCGACGCUACUAUAGAAUACAAUCACUUCAGAGAACAAGCGGGCGGCGGGAUUCUAAUAAGAAAUCCUCUUUAUGAAGAAUUUAAUGUUUUACCCGCGAAGAUUAUAAUUCGACAUAAUGAAUUCUAUAAUAAUCGGGGCACCUUUGUAGUUAGCGUCGGUUUAUCACCUUACAGCGAUGUUCAAAAUGUAUUAUUUACGAGAAAUUUCUUGCGUGAUAAUUAUGUCAGAGAAUUGUUCGACAAUGGUAAUAUAUCGAAUGUCAAAUUGAUACCGCGUUCGAGAGUAGCCGCUGUUAUUGUUGUAUCUUCGAGCAAUGUCGAAGUUUACCGCAACAUUUUGCACAAUCUCGAAUCGCGUUACGAAAUUGGUUCCCACUUGGAAGAUCAGAGCAAAGUUAUCAACUGUACUUACAAUUGGUUGGGAUCUGGAGAGGAGAAGAAAAUAUUUGAUCGAUUAUUCCAUAGGAAAGACAGAUACAAUCUUGCUAAGAUUGAGUAUCUGCCUUAUUUGCUGCACAGCAGUAACCCUAACGCGAAUACCAUAAUCCCAAAUCCGACAUUUGUACCACAAUUUGUCACACCUGGCACGAAUCUAGUCGGUGGUGAGGUUGACGGCAACGAGCAAUUAAGAUCCGGAGAAUACAUUGUCGAGCGUGAUAUUAAUGUAAGACCAGGCGGCAAGUUAAUAUUACAACCGGGCGUUACAUUACGCUUUCCACCGUCCAUUGGAAUAAUGGUAGCUGGCAAAUUCGAUGCGCGCGGAAAAAGACCUAGCGAUAUCUUAUUUACUUUGAAAGAAGAGCUCGCUAUAUUACCAAACAACGAAACUCUUAUGAUGGAAGAAGAUAUGAGUCCAAUUGAUGAAGUAGAGUCCGUACCAGUAAGACUUCUCGGUGGCAAGACGAAUCUCGAAGGAAGAUUACAAGUAAAAAUCGGAAAUAAAUGGGGAACUGUUUGCAACUAUGGAUGGACGAUUCUGGAUGCGGCGCUCGUUUGCCACCAAUUAGGCUUUAUUCUAGAUUAUGAAAAUUGGUUUAUGGAGCGAUCGCAAAUACCAAACGCGGGAAUUAAUGAGGAUAUACUUCUCAGCAACGUUCAAUGCACUGAGAAUGACAAUGAUAUAACGAAAUGUCGAGCGGAAAAAGAGCAAGAUUUCGAAAAUUCGUGUACUCAUUCGAACGAUGUCGGUGUUAGAUGUUUGGAAGUGGCGUGGGCGGGUCUGAGAUUGGGACCGUUGGCUCAAAGAUGUGACUUGCAAUACGUAACAAUCGAAAAGGCAGGCUUGUUAGAUUAUAAAACAAAUUCAUUUAAGCCAGCUUUACAAAUCGAUUUUGCACGGCAUUCAUUGGAUGGUGUCAAGCUUGUCAACAAUCUGCAAGAUGGAUUGGGAGUUUUAUAUUCCGACAUAUAUUCAGCGGACGCCAUAAAUAUUGUAACAAACAGCGACUUCUCUCAAAAUGGCGGAAGCGGUAUCAGUUUCAAACAAUUGGGCGUGCGAAUAAUUAAUUCGCGAAUCGAGAGUAACAAAGUCGCGGGAAUAAGGCAUAAUCCUGCUCUAUCGGCGGUUCAACAAAGAGAAUUUGCGGGAUGGUUUCUACGCGUUCCGGACAUGAUCGACUCACCAUAUAAUCCCAUAAUCUUACCGGAAACGGAUAAAAAUAUCGAACUCGCUAACGGAGAAACCAAAUACAUUAUAACGACUAAAAUAAACGUUCACGAAUCUAUUCGUCGAACCAUAAAUAUUAAAUGUACUCCCGGCUACGUCAUUGGUAUUCAAUUACUAAAUCCAAUAGAGAAUCGAAGCACUGAACAAAUCAUACUAUACGACUCACAAUACCUUAAUAAUAAUCAAAUAAGUUGGCAUGUAAAACGGGAUCUAAGUGUUUUCCCCGUCUCAUCUAGCUCCUAUAUAGUAAAUUUAGAAUAUCAGAGCGGUGAGAAUGCUCUCGGUGGCACUGUCAUGGCUGUUACAUCACUCUUGUCUCCAGCACAAAAUAUACGCAAUAAAAUAGUCAGCGGUCCUAUUCCUUCAUUGAUUAUCACGAAAACGAAAAUUAAGAGUAAUAAAAAGGGCUUACUUGCGUUUUACUACAAUCGAUAUUUGAACGAAAUUGGAGAUCACUUUCUCCGAAAGGCGAACGAGACUAUUCGUUUGAUCGGAUGUGAGAUAUCACACAAUCAAGAAGAAGCCGUAUAUGUGUAUUCACCUCAUUGGAAUAUCUUUCACUCUAAUUUGUCUGAAAUUUCGAUCCACAUAAAUGACAGUUUGAUUACGGACAACGGUAAAGCGAUAUAUCAGUUCAGUCGUGACGCAAGGCACUCCAACAAUCUCUUCCAUUGGAUAAUGCAGGACAGCACCAUCGAAAGGAAUCGCGGCGGUGGAUUUGAAGUGUUGCUGCCAGAUGUUUGGCAGUAUAACGAGAAUUUUACGCACUCCUUGUACUUUGGCAAUAAUACCUGGCGCAACAACGAACAGUUCGGCUUUGUGAUAGACGGUCAUUUCGCGCAUUUGAAUAUAUCUUACAAUCAUUUCGAUAGCAAUCGCUGCAAGACCGGUCUUAUAACCGUGCGCGGAAUGGAAAAGAAGAUCAGAAUCGAUAAUAAUCGUAUCGAUGGUAACAGCGGCGCUUACAUGGUCGAAUUCCGUGUGAACAGUCAGUCCGAGAUUCUUGGCGAUGUCGAUGCGCGUUUCUAUUACAAUGAGAUUAAACGAAACACGUAUGACUUCGUCGGCAUGGGACCACGUCAAACAUUCGACGAUCCUAGUUACGUCGUCGGCUUUCACGGCAUACAGAAAGUACUAAUUAACAAAAAUCUCUUCGGUGAGAAUUCACUGGAUUAUGAAUUAUUAGCGGGUAUUAGAACAGCGAAAAUUGACAACGAAAUAAAUGUCAAGGAAAAUUGGUGGGGCACUGAUAAUAAUACUAUUAUCAGACAAAAAAUUUUCGAUUUCGAUGAUUGGAAUGAUCAUGCUGUGGCUAAUUAUCGGCCGUACUUGAUGCGCGACUCAUUCGACAGCUCUGUUUCUGCAUCCUGGCAUAUAAAUGAAAAUAUUGAUUUAGACAAUUUGGGUGGUCGUAUAAGAGAAAGUCUCUCAUUGCAUGCGAGACCCGAGCCUUACGUAAUACGUUCCGACAUCACGAUUAUGCCGGAAGCCACAUUGCACAUCUAUCCCGACGUCGUGAUGGAAUUCGCUCCUAACGUUGGAAUCCUCGUUCUUGGAACGCUAAAAGCCGUCGGAGCACCCAGCCAUGAAAUCAUUAUGAAACCGAUGAAACGAAUAAACGCAAGCGUAAAUUCCACGUUUAUCAAGUUAGCGCCGAUGAAGAGUUCCACCAAUCUUGGUUCAGUGUCUGAUGAAACGAUCCGUUUAUGCAAAGAUGGACAUUGCUCUUCAUUGUACAAUGAAGGAUUUUUGGAAUAUUUCAAUAGAACGACUCUUCAGUGGAUCCCUAUAUGCGAUGAACGAUUUACUGAGCGAAAUGCCCAAGUGGCAUGUCGACAACUCGGUUAUGAUAGCCUCAACGUCUAUGUGUCGCAUGAUCGUAGAUAUGAACUUCACCCUGGAUCCUUAACGCGUGUCUGGUCCUGGCCUGAACCGCUGCAAUGUUCUGGAAAAGAGCAGAGUCUAGAAGAUUGCCAGAUCAGAUUGAACGGUCAAUUGUAUGGUCAUCGUCAUGAAUGUUCGUGGAACGGACAUUUUAUUUUUCUGCACUGCGGCGAGAGAAACUUGGAUGACGCGUACGAUUAUUGGGGCGGAAUACGCAUCACAAACAGUGAAUUUGAACAUCAUCUAUACGAGCAUCGUAUCCACAACAUCGACACUCAUGAGACUGUAAGACGCGUGGAAUCGAUUCUCAAGCACAUCAAUAUAACCGGUGCUGGAAUUUUACAUUUCGAAAGAUCAUAUGCCAUACAGUCUAUCAUGAAGUCUCCAGCUAUAAUGCACGUUAAUAUAGAUUGCAGCGCUUAUCAUGGCAUCAAUAUUGUAUCUCCUACACACACGAUGGAAUUAUUAUUUAAUACGAUUACUAAUGUCCUCGGAAAUGGCGUGAAUAUAUUAUCUUUGACGGGAGAGGGCCGCGAAGCGGACGAGAGUUCGUUUACCCCUAUUAAGGAUCUUAAUAUUCCUUAUUAUUUAUUCAGUAUAGUCGACAUAUGCGACACCGCUAAAGAAAUCACAAUCGAAGAGCGUGUGAUCGUCUAUUAUAAAUACGAUAAUUAUCCUGUGAAUUGCGUGAAAAUCUUCCGUAGUACUUAUAGAGCCAAACCAUUUGGAUUUAGACUUUUACAAUUCAAUCUUUUCAACUCCACUGGAAAGCCAGGCCAUGCCGAUGCUAUAACUUUAUACGACGGAGACAUUUACAAUGUUACUUCCAAAAAGAUUGGCCACUUGGAAGUUAAUGCUCCCGAUGAAAAGAAAUUCUUUAGAACAAAGACUUCCAGUCUUAGUAUACGGCUCUUCGCUAAUGGCGCUAGUAGUGUACACGGAUUUAUCGCGGAAAUCGUGACUCUUCCAAUAUCCGCCAUUGGUUUUAAUCGCGAUGUGCAGCACAACGUUUCUUAUUCUGUGAUAUCGAAUUGUCGCGAGGGCGCCAUAAAAUACGCAAGUGCCGGCGAGGUGAAUGCUAUAAUGACGCUCGAGCGUAAUCAGUUUAUAAAUAAUUGCGAAAAGUUAUAUGGCAACUUUUCCACAUGUAAAUCCGCCCUAUGGUUUGAUGUUCAAAACACGCAAUCACUUUAUUUUAGAAAUAAUCUGGUACAGCGGAAUCAAGGUGGUCUUUCUAUUCGUGCCGAUUCAAGAGGUUCGGCCACAUCCCUCAAGGGAUGGAUUCACAAUAAUCUUUUUACAGAGAACUUUAAUAAACCAGCAUUAUACAUUGAGGGUCGUCAGAGUAGUCCUUAUCAAGAAGUGACUAUAUUCAGGAAUUACUUUAACAAAAAUCAUGCUCCCUAUGACAAUAACAUUGUUUUGAAGCAAGUAGUCAGCAAUAUGACACUAAAUUAUUUACACGCAAACCUUGGUAUGCAUUUAUUGGAGAUUUCGGGAUUCGAAAGAGUUCGUUUGCCUAUUUAUCAAAGCACAUCUCACAAUGGCUUUUACAAAAAUUAUGCAGUGGAUCGCGAAGGCCGUAGCACUAUCGUUGCCGGUACUCCCGGACAACAAUACAUCGAUAAUGUGUUCUUUAAUCCUGACAACGAUUACGAGAUGCUCACGACAAAUAGAUCUCAGCAACUAGAAAUAUGGAGAGCUCACAUAGACGCGCAGUACAAUUGGUGGGGCUACAACGAGACUUUGGCGGUGGCGGGACGUAUCAGAGAUCAUGGAGACUUGCCCGAGCUACUGCAGGUCGAUUAUCAACCCUUCCAUAUGAACAAUAAAUCUGUAUUAAGCGGUAAAUGUCCGCCUGGGUGGGAUCUCGUCGGUGAUACAUGUUACAUAUUAAUCGGCGCGCUUAUGGAUUUUUAUAGCGCACGAGAAUUUUGCAGAUCGUCAAACGCAUCAAUGCCCUUUAUUAUGGGGGAUUAUCUGGAACUCUGGAAAUUCGCGCGCAAACAACAAGAACGAUUUGAUUAUUCGGAGCGUGUUUGGGUGCAGCAGUUGGAACGUGUGGAUCAAUGUACAGUAUUCACCUAUCAGACUAUUGAAAUUGAUCAUUGUGCGCAACCUAAUCCGUUCAUUUGCGAGAUCGAUCCUAGAGUCAAUAUUGAUCCUCUAUCGUGGAGAAAAGAUAUCAUAGCAAUUGGCGUCUUGGGAGCUGUUUGUAUUGCAUUUGCUCUGUUGACUGCUGCUAUCGCACUAUGGGUAUCCAAAUCAAAGAAGCGUAAACUUGAGAGAUUAGAGCGACGUAAUUCCAUCAGACAAUCUCUGCACUCCCUACGAUCGAUUGGUUCCACAUCUGGCUUCACGGAACUUGCCUAUCGACGGAAACCUAUCGCGAGUAAACAUUCCACGGAUACAUUGAACUCGAAAUCGCUUGAUUAUAAGCGUAUGUUGAACGGUGGCAGUCUGGAUUCAAUGGACAAGUCUCAACUAAAUUCUUCAAUAGAAGAUAAUCAGAGUUACGAUGUAUAUGAAGCUCAUAAUCCGCGAUACUCACCGAGUACGAGUGACUUCAAGAACACGGCGCACAAGUAUGGCCCGGCACAGACUGUCGACAAUCCGGUUUUCGAUUUAGCGUAUCGCAACGAGGGCUUCCGCAAUCAUUCUACUUUCACGACUGGGGAUACUGCAGCUGCCGCCGCUUCUAACUGGCCAUCGCAACCGAAUGUACAGUCGACCUUGACCGACGGAAGUCCAACAGUGGAUCAUGGUAACAACGAAAGCUCAUCGUAUCUCAACAACACAUCUACACUGCCGUUACAGUCCAGUCUUGCGCUCACUGAUUCGAUGAGUGAACUGAAACGCAACAUCGAGGCCUACGAUUCCGUGGAAUAUGAUUCGAAACGUGCUUACGACAUGGCCACAUUAACGCCGAGUCAAGCAUCCGAGCUUGUUCCAGAAUAUUCGUCGGACUUUCAACCGCCGAUACCGCCACAUCCAUACCACUAUGAGACUGAGAGUAGGCCUAGAAGUGAAGCACUGCUGGAGACUAACUUUGACACGGGAGAGGAGAAGCCAUUGCGUUCCAAGAGCGAGGCUCUGCUCGAGACCAAUCUAGAUGCAUUUUUAAUCAACGAGCCCACAGAACUUACGCAACUGUCAGCGACCGCGCGAAGCAAAAGUCAACCAUUGGAAACGGCGAUGUAA